AUGGCCAGCGACCUAGUCCCUCCCGUCGACCUCGAGCGGAUGCUCUGGUUCAAAUCGCCCAACUCCGAGGUGUGGCUCGAACGCCGUACAAAUUACACAACCUCUUUAGCCGUUAUGUCAAUGGUGGGGUACAUUUUGGGCCUCGGCGACCGACACCCCAGUAACAUCAUGUUGGACCGGUACACCGGGAAAAUCAUCCACAUCGACUUCGGCGACUGCUUCGAGGUCGCGCUUCACCGGGAAAAGUAUCCGGAAAAGGUUCCCUUUCGCCUCACUCGCAUGCUCGUCAACGCCCUGGACGUGUCCGGCGUCGACGGAAAUUUCAGAAUUAUCUGUGAGUACGUGAUCGGCGUCUUGCGAGAAAACCAAGAGAGCCUGAUGGCCGUUCUCGAGGCCUUUGUGUGCGAUCCCCUGAUCAAAUGGCGCCUUCUGAUUCACGACACGCCCUCUCAGACCCCCGGGGCGUCCUCUUCCGCUUCCUCCAAGUUGAAUUGCAAGCAGUCCGCCGCCGACUCCGUGCGGUACGGGAGCUCGAAGCGCCCUCUCGCGUCCGACAAGAAAGCCACCGUCGGCAACUGCCACCAAAACGCCCCCUCCUCGCCUUUUUACUCGGGACUUUCUCCCAAUCCCCACUCGGGCUCGCCGAAUCUCAUCUACCAAAGUUCCUCCGACCAGCUGAACGAGCGCGCGCUGGUCGUCAUCAACCGCGUCUCCGACAAACUCAGCGGGUGGGACUUCGGCAGACAGCAGCAGCUAACCAUCUCGAAUCAGGUCGGAAAGCUGAUCAAAAUGGCGACCAACAAAGAAAACUUGUGUCAAGCAUAUCUCGGCUGGGUAGCCCACUGGUAA